AUGGUCUUCGCAAGGUCAUCAGCAGUCCGCGCCAUCGCCCGCCAGGGUCGCCAGUUCUCGUCGACUUCCACCAGCCGCGCCGCUGCUCCCGAAAAGGCUUCGUCCGCCAUCAACGACAUUUCUAAGAAGGCACAGGAGCUCGGUGGUCCCGUCAUCAAGCGUGUCGAGGGUCUCCUUGGAGGUUACUCGGAGCCCAUCAAGUACAACCUCUCGGUCGCCAGCUCGAUCGCCAAGCAGGUCUACGUCGCCGAAGCGCUCGCCCCUCCCACUUCGUUCCAGUCGAUCACCUCGGCAUACCGCCAGAUCUGGUCCAAGGCCACCGACGCUUCCUACUGGGCCCAGCUGCUCACCAAGGGCGACUGGAAGCGCGUCGGCAUCUACGCCGUUGAGGCUUACGGCAUCUUCACCAUUGGCGAGAUGAUCGGCCGCAGAUCGCUCGUUGGCUACAAGCUCGACACUUCCAAGCACGCACAUGCUGGCCACUAG